AUGGGACGACGGCCAAGUACUUGUCUAGAUUUACUGAUCCCUUCAAUUGAAAAACAUGUUGAAGCUCGCCGGUACACUUCCAAGGUGAAUCGCACCACAAAGAGAGGCCUGCGUCAGCUCAGUGCAGGUAAUCCGGUUUUAGCACGUAAUUGUGGUAAGGGAGAGAAGUGGGUGCCUGGAGUUGUGACUGAAGUCGUUUGUUCACGACAUUGUAUGGUUUAGGUGUAGGGUAACCUUUGGGAACUACACAUGGACCAACUGCUUUGCCCACCUGCGAGUGAUAUUUCACCAGUCAAACCUCCAGUAAUUCAGCACCAAUUUGUGCCAAAUCGGAUUACGCCCAAUGUGUACCAGCCAAGCGAGAUUGUUCCUGAUUUAGAAAUUCAAUUUACUCCAGUCCCUGCUGCAGCGGCUUCGGAUGAGUUCCAUCUGGUUGAGUCUGAUGAACAUUGCUCCCCUGAAGUUGGCAUGUGCAACUAA